AUGUCUAUCCCGUACAGCGGUACGUUAAGAAGAUCUGGAGGAGUAGUUUCUGCUAUAGGGAAACAGCUAAGGGGAGUGAAUUUAAAAGCUGCCAAGAGAAUUACUGUUAAAUUUGAUCCAUUUAGUGAGAAUGUAACUCAUACAAGAAAUUUCCUGCACUACAUAAGUUCACAGAAAAUAGCUCUAACCAAUCCUAACUGCAUUUUGAAGACGGAAAUUGUUUGUGACCGGAGUGAGCCUAGUGUCAAUAUAUCUCUAGCUCCUUCUAUUGCAGAAACUGCCAAAGUUAAAGAUAUAACAAUAAAAAGUGGAAAUCUCACUUGUUUAGAAAUUCUACAGUUGUUGAACAAACAUAUCUCAUCAUUAGCACCUGUAGAACAGCCAGCUGCGUCAAUCCAAACGAAAACCGAAAAGAAGAAGAUUAAGAAGAAGUAA